AUGCCUCCCCGGCCCCUGCUCUCCGACUUCUCCAGUCACUUUUCAAGUCUACAUGGUCCAAUAUGUCGAUCCUGCAUAUUUCGAAUCUGGCGACGAACGGCUCGGCCUAUUGCUGCCACCUACAGCUCCCAAGCAACCCGAAAGGCCAAGCUGCCUCGCGUGACCGAGUCUGCUACCCGCCGACCGAGCUCAGCUGAACUCAGGCAGUACCUCCAAGGCAUACGAGAUCUCCGAAGCUCCAAGCCGGAUGAAAAAGAGGGCUACUCAGUCCGCUUCUUCGAACAGAACGAGCGAGGCCGCACGGAGCUAGCCGGCGACGACGCAUUUGACCACUCUCUGAGCAGGCUUGAUGGCGCCGAGCUUCAGGAUGCCCUCCUCGACAUCAAAGGCGUUCUUUCCACCCAGGAGGAGAAGGAUGCCUUUCAGGCGGUGAUGCGGGAGAUGGGUGGGGACCUCAGCAACAUCUCGUCAGCCGACGACAUCGAGAAGGCGACGGCAAGGAUGCGAGCGUAUACAAAGUCCAUCGACGCCGAGAUUGAAGAGGUCGGUGCCUCGUUGCCGAAAGAGAUUCUCCAAGAGCUGUUACGUGACAUGGACGAACUGCCGGCCCCUGAAGAGAUGACGCAACGGCAACGUAUAUCACCGCCUCAAAUCCCCGAGGCACCCUGGACGCCAAACCAGCGCAAGAAGAUUGCCCGUCUUAACGUCAUCCUAGCCCGCGUCUAUCGAGAGAUGAGCCGAAAAGCAGGCGUCACCACCAAAGCUGUUUCCUCCGUCUACAAGGCUUAUCACGCUGCCAGGAUCCCGCUGGCACGUGGCUGGGGUACCGUGCCUAUCGACGUCUGGGAUUUUCUCUGGGCAGUAUUGUCCGCCGACGAAUCCAUUAACAUUCAUCGGCUGUCCCACAUCUCCACCCUCGCCCGGGAUAUGAGUGAAGCCAAGGUGACACUCAGUCCCUCACAGCAGCUGCUCACCAUCGAGGCCGUCUUUGUCGACGGUUGGGAGGCAAAGGCGAUUGAGAAUUGGAAACGAUGCAUGAGCACUCUGGGCGAAGCAACAUCCGAGAACUUCCAGGAGUUCUGGGAGCUCGGCGUGCGGAUGCACUGUCGACUCGGCGACAUGGAGCAGGCGGAGCGAGCGGCCAAGAAGAUGCUUUCAAAGCAUUUAAGUGCUCGAAUCUUGCUGCCGCUGAUCAGAACCUAUUCGGAGCAAGGUACCGCUGAGAGUCAGGAAAAGGCCUGGAACUUGUACCGGCAGAUGAGGGAGCUUCUGGGAAAGGAGAUGAAGCUUUCCGACUAUGAUCAAGUCGUUUCCUACUUCCUCACGACAAACCAAACGGAAAACGCACUGUAUGCCUUUGUCGACAUGAUGAGCGACGGCGACAUCGACCUGAAGCGGCAAAAGCACAUGCCCUCUGUCGUCGCAAACAAGUUUUUCUUGGGCAAGUGGCUGAAGCGAUUGAUCGGCGCUGGCGACCUCGACGGCGCCUUCAGCGUCGUCGAGUUUAUGCGCACAAAGGGCGUCGAGGCAUCGCCCAUCCACCUCAACGGCCUCAUCGGCGCCUGGCAACGGUCGGGGGGGGCUGAAGAUCUCGAGAAAGCGGAUCGGAUGGCGUGGGACAUGGUCGAAUCCCGCAUCGACUUUGUGCAUGCGAGAAAGUCGGGGGGCGAGACGACCAAGACGACCAAGGCGGUCACAUCAGCAUCCUCGCCCACUCCAUGGCCCCGGGCGACGAUUGAAACAUUUUCCCUUCUCGCAGAGAACUAUCGAUUUCGGACACUGCACGGCAAGCUGGAGGCCUUGUGGGUCGCUUUCCGCGAUGCCGAGAUCAGCCCAGACGCCUUCAUGAUGAAUCAGCUCCUGGAGUCCCACAUCCAGGCCGGCCAGCCAAAGGAAGCCGUCACCCUUUACCACUCACUCGUCUCGGAGCGGGGCGUCAGUCCGGACCCCUACACAUUUAGCGCUCUGUGGAAAACGUUGGCCGUCAACCGCCUUCACACGCUUGCACCAGAAGCUCUCGACGAGGAGACAGAAGCGACGCGGCAGUUGUUCCGAGAGACGGUGCGAUGCAAGCAAGUCUUCCUGCCCGAUGGCAUGGACGGCCAGCUCGCCCGAAAGAUUCUUCACACUUUCCGGCGACUCCAGGACAGCGCCGGCUUUCUUGUCGCCCUCGCCGCGCUCAAGGAUGUUUUUCAGUUCCUCCCGCCCGAGUCUCUAGCCUUGGAGCUCGUUCUCGGCACGGCACGGCUCUCCUGGGACACACCCUCGCAGAGAAAGCGUCUCAUGAUUGCCAAGCGCGACAUGGACCGCGCCUUGCUCGCCUCCGUUGACGGCGAAGCGGACAGACUCGAGGGCAGGAGGAGGGGCGAGGCCUUGUAUGAGUACCUGCAGAAGAACUACUGGCCCGAGGAGGGUGCGUAUGAGGACAAGCGCAGAGCCCUUGUCGGCGUAGCCAAAGAAAUGGGCGUUUACGAGCUCAUGGCCGUCAAGACAACGAAAGCAAGGAAGAAGGAUGGCGUCCAAGGCAGGUCCUGA